AUGCAGGUUUACAAGUCGGGACGGGACAGGAAAACCGACGACGUAAGCCGUGCCCUGUCCACCAUCAUCGAGCGGCCUUUUACUCGGGGUGGGGAGGGGCCAGGCCAGAGAAAGGGGAUUGCGAACGGACGAGGGCGAGAAGAGGGCGAAGGAGGAUCUGACGGUAUGGUGUGGGCCUGGCUCGCUCUUGGCCUGGCCAGCUCACCACCACAGGCCCCAACCAAGGCCUGGACCUUGGGGGCUGGCCGCACACCCGAGCGUGCGGCCUAG